AUGAAGUCAGCCCUGCUCUACCUCCUGGCACCUCUCUUGGCCCUUGCCGCCCCGGCGGCCGAGCUCGAGGAUCGUCAGGCCGCCACCAGCAUCGACGCGCUUUUCAAGGCCAAGGGGAAGCUCUACUAUGGCGUCGCGACGGACCAGAACCGCCUGUCGACUGGCAAGUCAGCCGCCGUGAUCCAGCAGAACUUUGGUCAGGUCACGCCGGAGAAUAGCAUGAAGUGGGACGCGACCGAGUCUUCCAACGGGAAUUUCAACUUCGGUACCGCGGACUACCUCGUCAACUGGGCAACUCAGAACAACAAGACCAUCCGUGGCCACACUCUGUGCUGGCACUCGCAACUCCCGAGCUGGGUCAGCAACAUCCGCGACAAGGCGCAGCUGACGUCGGUCCUGGAGAGGCACAUCACGACGGUCAUGACGAGGUACAAGGGCAAGAUCAGGGCUUGGGACGUCUGCAACGAGAUCUUCAACGAGGACGGCUCGCUUCGCUCGUCCGUGUUCUCCCAGGUCCUGGGCGAGGACUUCGUCUCCAUUGCUUUCAAGGCUGCUCGCGCAGCUGACCCGAGUGCUGUGCUCUACCUGAACGAUUACAAUCUUGAUUCUGCGAACUACGCCAAGGUCACCAAUGGUAUGGUCGCGCACGUCAAGAAGUGGCUUGCAGCCGGAAUUCCCAUCGACGGCAUUGGCUCUCAGGGACACCUCUCAGGUGGCGGAGGCGCCGCAUUUGGCGGCGCUCUGAAGGCACUCGCUGCUACUGGUGUAAAAGAGGUCGCCGUCACAGAACUCGAUAUACAGGGUGCGCCCGCGAACGAUUACAAGCAGGUCACUCAAGCCUGUCUUGAUGUGUCAACCUGUGUGGGCAUCACCGUCUGGGGAGUUCGUGAUGCAGACUCCUGGAGGGCUUCCACGAAUCCUCUGUUAUUUGACAACAAUUUUGCUCCGAAGGCAGCGUACAAUGCUGUUGCAGAUCUCCUCAAAUAG